UUCUUUAUUUCACUGCGUAAGAGGGAUCGGAGAGGGAGACUCUGCACCUCUGUGCGCUGGAUUUUAAAUGAAGAAUGUGACCAGAACUGGUACAAGGCAGAACUCAAUGGAAAAGAAGGAUUCAUUCCUAAAAAUUACAUAGAAAUGAAGCCACAUCCCUGGUUUUAUGGGAAGAUUCCCCGUGCAAAGGCAGAAGAAAUGUUAAAUAAACAGAGACAUGAUGGAGCUUUUCUCAUUAGAGAGAGUGAGAGUGCACCUGGAGACUUCUCGCUGUCUGUCAAAUUUGGGAAUGAUGUCCAGCACUUCAAAGUCUUACGGGAUGGAGCAGGAAAAUACUUCUUGUGGGUGGUCAAAUUUAACUCGUUAAACUCUUUAGUGGAUUAUCAUCGGUCCACUUCGGUGUCCAGGAAUCAGCCCAUUUUCCUCAGGGAUAUUGAACAGGUACCACAGCAUUCUACAUAUGUUCAAGCUUUGUUUGACUUUGACCCUCAAGAGGAUGGAGAGCUGGGUUUCAGGCGUGGAGAUUUUAUCCAGGUCCUGGACAACUCGGAUCCUAAUUGGUGGAAGGGGGCUUGUCACGGACAGACCGGAAUGUUCCCUCGCAACUAUGUCACACCUGUCAAUCAAAACAUGUAACUCGCAGAGAAAAUGUUUGCUUGCUUAACGCACCAGUGGACAUCCAGCUGGGUUGCCAUGGAAACAGAAACCACAGAGUGAUGGAGAGAAAAGGCUCAAUUGGUGAUGUCGAUUGGCCGGUAAAAUAAAGACUGUGCUGUUUGGAGUGGUUGACAUUUUAAGAAGCACUAUUGGCUGUGUGAGGAAAAAUGCUCCAGACUGAUAUUUCGUUCAUGUACUGUUUCAUAUCAGCUUUGCUUUAUAUGCAACUUUAUUUCAUGUUAUAUGACAUCAGCUGUACUAACGAAAACUUUUAUGUGAAGAAAAUUCACAAUAUCACAAUCACAAUACUGGUACAGUUUUGCAUCAGGAUUUAUUUUAAACACCAUGUUAUGCUUGAUUUGUAUUGUUAAAAUGCAUCACGCAUGUUUCAUGCUUAAUUUUUGUAUUCGUCUUUUGUCAUCUUUCCAGAAGUAGUGUUACUAUGUUAUUUGGUGUGGGAUUGUCAAGCAUAAUGUCAUCAUGCCAUAUAAUUUCAUUUCCAUACCAUAGUCAAAUUAACUUACAUGUAGUCAUCUUCUUGUCUUAAAGAGAUAGUUCGCCCAAAAAUUUAAAUUCUGUCAUUAUGUUUGGGUGACCAUACAUCCUCUUUUUCCUGGACCUGUCCUGGCCAGGAUUUCUAAAUUGUCUAAGAUGUGCAUUGGUUUGACCGUUCUCUGUAGAUCCCACCUUCUCACAUGCCGUGAUUGGUCGAUUAUGUACAAUCCCUAAAUGCUAUUAAUAAAUUUCAGUAAGUAUGAAACGAAUAGAAAACAAAGGCAAACGGUGUGUUUGGCUUUAAGCUGUGCGGAUCGAUCGGUGUGUGUGAACAUAGAUGUGUAUAGAUGCCCCAUUCGACCACUCCAAGCACAUAGACGCAUCCGCCAUCUUGGAACGGUCAACUUGACAUCAUUCACCAUACUAUGGGUCCGCAGACCAUCGGCUGUGCAGGAUUGUGGCAUCUUCGAAUAUUCAUUGAUUACUAUGGUGAAUGAUGUCAAGUUGACCAUUACAAUAUGGUGGACGGCUUACGUAUAGCGGCCCAUGGAAACAGUUGCUAAUAAGGCAUCUACGUAUAUAUAUAUAUAUAUAUAUAUAUAUAUGUGACAACAAAGCAUGCUGAGCAUCUGCUCUCUAUAGCUCUCGCGGUACUUUGAUGUCAAACACAGAUCAGUCUACGCAGCGCCUCUUCAAGCCAAACACACCUGUGACCUGGACAAUUUGUGCAACUUAGAAAUCCCAGCCUGGACAUGUCUGAGAAAAAAAGGACAUAUUGAUAAGUACAUUAUGUACUCAUCCUCAUUUGUUCCACAUGUGUACAAUUUUUUUCUGUUGAAGAAAUAUUCAAAACGUGUUCAGAAUAUGGGUAUUUGUGUUGCAGGUUUGGAACAUCAUGAAGGUGAUACCAAAAUUGCUAUUUUUGGGUAAACUGCCCCUUUAAAUCAAAAUAGCUUGAAAAUAAUGUAAUGGUGCCAAAGCCUCUGUAGCAGAUCAGUGAUCAAAUGUAACAAAUUUGGACCAUUUCAUUAAGCCCUUUAAAAUGGUACUGGGUAUGUGGUUCUAUUGGGGAUUUUCAUAGAGUAUGUUGUUUACUUUAUAUUAUUCCUGAAUAAAUUAAACCGAAUAAAGAUAUUUCCAGUGAAACUUCCCAGUGCACUUGUACAGAUCUUUUUUUGUGUGGAAAAAAAAUGUUUGAUGCUUAGUAGUGAACAAAAUUCAAUGAUCUGGACUUUGCCAUCUAGAAUAAUGCCAUAUAACUGUGCUGACAAAGGGCUGAACUUGCUCAGAUGGUAUGCAUUUUGUUGUAAUGUCAUUAACGUUCCUUACCACACUCUACGGGGGCAUUAGAUGUCUCUUUUUGAAGCUGAGGGCUGUAUACUGUUCAUGAUGUCAUUUGAAAAUGUUUAUUUUUGUUUCUGUUUUUGAGUUUGAAUUGUUCUUUAUGUGGCCCUGGUUUACUAAAAGAAAACAAUCAAGUGUGUGCAUCUGUAAGCCACUUUUGAAUGCUGAAUUAUGUUUUAUCUUAAAAGUGGAAAGCUAAUCAAAGAUUUGUAGCCAUUCAGUUUCUUUCUACUUGUCAAGGUCAUUUUUCUUCAGAUUGAAUUAAUUUUUUUUAAAUGUUUGAUGUAUGAUGAGUUGUGUUGCUUGUACACUUAGAAAUUAGAUGUGUAUUUACAUCUGUCAUAAUGGAAUAAUGUUUUAUGUUGAUACUAAACCAUUUCAUCAGUUGCAGUAAACCUCAACAAUAGAAAUAUACAUGGCAUCCGUUUGCUGUCUGAAUAGUGCAGUUUCAUAAUGCUGGAGUUUAUGUACAUCUGCACAAUGUAGAUUAUGAGUGAAAUACAUUUAAUAAC